AUGUUUCCAGCGGUCGAGCCUACACGUCUGCUAUUAGUGACAGAAGCCACACGCGUGGAGCUCAAAAAGUUCCAACUUGGCAUUUUCAAGCCCUAUGGUCGUUUGCCCCCCUCCCUGGCUAUCCCUACAAAACAACUCAGCCAUGAUAGCCUUGUUCGGAACUACGAGGUGGCUAUAACCUCUUGCAUCUCAAUUUCCAGUACGGGUACUCGUUCAGAGGCCGAGAACAAUGAGCUCGAUACACCGGAGGACAGAUAUGUGCGGAACAGGUGGCAGAACCUAGCAGACCAGAAAAUCACUGUAUACAACAUCCGGUCUCACAUCAAGGCAACAAGUGCCAAGAUCAAUAAAGCACGAGAAGAUCGGGAUGAAGCUGAGCACAAGUUCAUGUCUGCUGCUCGAUCUGUGCUCACCGACUUGCAAAAUCUCUUCCAGGAGAUGCAGGAGAAGCGGGAGACAUGUCGAGGCUAUGAAACGUCAAUGGAGACUUUCGAGAAAGAACUGAAGCAUGCUCAAGAUGAGCUUGAUCAUUUUGAACGGCUCCUUAUCAAUGGGCUCCGCAAUCCAAUUGAAGCUGGAGCAACCCGCGAGCCACUGAAACUUGGUAUACCGCCAUUGCCACAAUCCGAGCUGCUUCUAUGUCUCAAGAUGGAGCCAGCCAGAACAAACCAAUAUGCAGAGUGGAGAACACUUAUGCAUAUUGUGCUCGAGUUCAACACGGCAAAACAGAAACUGAGGGAACAUGUGCAAAUCUGCUGCGAAAUGAACAUCAUCCCCCGCUACAUCUCCUUAUCUGAAGCUCAGAGCUGGUUUCCUGGAGAUUUCUCCAUCGACGAAGAUUUGAAGGAUCUCAGUGAAACGGCUGCAGAGUGGACGGGAAACACAACAGUCACAAAAACGACCCAAUUCUCGGUUUUGCUAUCCAACCCUGCAUCUCAUCUUCUCCGGGAAGAUUUCCCACGGACUGCAAAGGCAGUUCUGAAAAAAGGCAAGGCGGCUCUGAGAAAAACCAAAGACUCUUCAGCCGAGCAUCUACAACUCCAGGCUGUCGUGGACUCUGCUGCCAAAGAGGUUUCUAUACAGAACCUGCUCAGCGAUGCCAAGGAGGGAAACAAGCUUGAUUUCAUCAACAGAUGGAUGCUGCAGACUCUACGCACUUCCAUACACGAGACUGAGACUCUCUACUCGCAGUAUCUGAACACAGGUCCAACAGGCGUCUUGGACCGCGACGAGUGGCAGGAGAGCGUACUAAGCAACUGGUUCGACGAUGAGGAAGCUAGCAAAACCCCGCCCAGCAUACAGUCUCAAGCUUCAGAGACCACGUGGGAAACAGCACCUCCAACAGCACCAUCGUGGCUCAGUGAUCCCUUCUCCAAUUUCAGUCUCUUGUAUGCAAGCGACGAUGAGGAAGAGCCGAUGGAGACCGAGAUGGCCUAUAGUAACGGAGAUCUCAAGAUGUCACAUGCAGCAGCCGAAUGGCAGGCUGCGGCACCAGGACCAAAUGGCAACGAUAUCACUUUGGAGAUGCGUUGA